AUGCCUACUAACCCUCUCCCAGAACUUCAGACCGCCGCGCCGGCCACCAACCCCGUCGCCCGCUGGGUAGAGUCCGUGCAGGCCUGGAUGCCGGGAACCGGCGGUGACAGCCAAGACUCUCAGGAACAACCCGACUGGACGGUUCGAGCCAAAGCUUUGGAGUUUCUCUCAGAAACACUCGAGUAUGUCGACAAUGACGUUUUAAAGGCUAGCCAAGUUAAACUCUUGAUUGGCUUCUUCGGCGCCAUGUUCGAUGUCGAUCACAAGGCCGGCGUUUUGCCGUCUGCCUCGGCCCUCUCCAAAAUCGUCGCCAUGAAGUCGUUUCAGCCCUCGACUGGUUACGAAAUCAUCCAAAAAGUGUGCGCACUCAAGGACGAUUUUCCCCGCCAGAUAGCAAAGACACGACUCGAAGUAUACGAAUUGCUACGCUCCCUCAUUUCACAUAAAGACGUUGCCGCCAACAUUAAGCGCCGCGAUGAUAGUUCUGGCUUUAUCGUUGAGUUGAUUGAACUCUGCCGCAGCGAGCGUGACCCCGACUGUCUACUCGUCUGGUUCGAUAUUCUACACACCUAUAUGCUGCAAUAUUCUCCCGAGAAGGACGUCCUGGAACAUGUGUACGGUAGCUUCAAGGCUUACUUCCCAAUCACCCUACCGCGCACCGCCCAGAGCAAGGUCACGCCCGAGGAGCUUAAAUCUCAGUUGCGCAAAUGUUUCUCGGCCCAUCACGCCCUGGCAGACAGCACUAUUCCAUUUCUAGUCGGAAAGCUGGACCAGGGAGAUGGUGUCACGGUAAACGUCAAAGUGGAUGUGCUGCGCACUGUCAAGGCGUGUCUGGAGCAAUACGAGGACCCCAAGCAGUCCGUGGUUCCCUUUGCUAAUAGGAUUUGGGGCAGCCUCAAGUAUGAAGUUCGCAACGGUGAGAUCGAAGAUACCAUCUGGGCCACCCUCGAAGCUCUCAAAGCCCUUACGACUCGUCUAACUGGGGAUGAUUUACGCGACUUUACCCUCAAUGUCACCCGCGACUGUGUCAACGAUCUCUCAAAUGCCAUGUAUGCUGGUGCGGCGGGCCGACUACUUGUUGCUAUUCUAAGCGCGUCGCCCGCCGCCUUUGUCCUCAUGGUCGCACCUGCCAUUACACACAUCAAAGAGAACCUGCGCCAUCCAAAGUCCGAGUCACAUAGCCGGGAUUUGCUGCGGCUCCUCAGAGUUAUUCUCGAAACUCGGAUACUGCUGAUGAAGCACACCAUCACUGCCGAAGAACUAUCCGAUUUUGUUUCCAUCGACUCUGUUUUCAAAACCCUCUAUGACGGCGUUGUCAAGACUCCCUUGAUAGCUGCCAAGAACGCCAGCGCGUCUCCAGAGGAGCUCAUAAUCGGCACGGAAGUAGUUCAAAGCGCUGCUGUACUUCUCUGCCAGCGGGUCUCCGCGGCUGUUGACGGCACAACUGAAAGCCCCCGAUUGUUAUCUGACGAAACUUGUACUGAAAUCUGUGAUUUGCUCUUUGAAAUUGCCAUACGUCACUCGCAGGACCCACGACAACAUCCCUCUGCAUCUGAUGAACUCGUCAAUGAGACGGCCAAGUCUCUUCAGCGGAUUGUUUUGGACCUACCAACCGCUUUUGCUACCCUAUUGGAGAAGGGAAUUGUCAUCAUACGGGAGGGAUGCAAAGUGCCAGGCAUUGACGCCGCGAAGACGAUCCAAGAUCUAGGAUCAAUGCUAGCAUAUGUUGGCUGCUCUGAACUCCCCUCGCCGCCCUCCCCUGGACUUAGACAUUUUGUCACACUUAUUUGUGCUUUGACAAAUGAGCUCUUGGCAGCUAUCGCAUCCAAAGCAGACAACGAGCUUUGGUGUUCGCUGGUGGCUGGCAUCCAAUCAGCUUGUCGCUACUUCAACGACGCAUGCUUCAAGAAAGACUUGGAUCGUAAUCAACUGCGCGUCUCUACCACGUGGCUGAGUGAUAUCACGAGCCUGUACCCCGAACUGAAGAGCGUGGGCAAGCCCGAUGCAAGCCGCGAAGUGGAUAUGCUCAAUUCUAGCACUGUCAAAUCUAUGGCCGAUAUUUACGGCGAGUUUCUUCUAAUUACGUUAUUUAUCGUUCGAACGCUGUAUCGCAGAGCAGCCCACACGACGGGCAAGAUUGGAAAUGAGAGCAUAGUACUCAGCGACGACUUCCCUCCGGAUGAUCAGUUCUCUGCAUCUCAAUAUCUAUACUUGAUAUCUAGUCUCGCAAGCUUUGUUACACACGAGUUUACCGAGACGCAGCAAGCGGCGCUGGCAGCUGAGACGUGGGCCAUCAACCUAUUCCAAGAUGGUUACGCGACGACGCCGAGCUCAUGGAAAUGGCUUGUCAACGGCCGCGUAAACUCUUUGACGUUUGGAAUUGUGGAAGCUUUGCACCCAGCCAGAGUCGCCAAAUUGUUCGACGGCGAUGUUGGCCAACAAAUGCUUGUCGCCAUCAUCUCGAGCACAGAGAGAGAUAACAGCGCCACUGCAACUGCGGUCUCCAAGUCGAUCCUAAGCAUACUCGCUAAUAAAUAUACCUUGGAGACAGCCGAGCCAGUCCUGGACGCUAUUAACACGCAAUUGGCUAAUGCGCUACUCAACUCAGAUUACGCGUCCAUUGACAAGGCCGUUCCGGUUCUUGCUAUUGCGGCUGGUCUGCUCCGCCGAUACAACGGAAAACAGACACAGCGCCUAGUCGAGCUCCUCCGCGACAGUCCCAAGAACAAAGCUAUCGGCUACCACAUAGCCCGCCGAAUUGAGCUCAUUGCCGCCCCGCAAAGUUUCCUAUCUAAAGACGCCUAUGCGGUGGUUAAGCCGCUGUGGAUCCAGAAGCUCUAUGUCCAGAUGGCGCAGCCUAUGUUGCAGUGUGCUCUGUCCACCAGCAAGUUCCCUUAUGAUAACAUGGCCAAGACCAGCUUCGGUUUGGGUGUGCUCAUGCUCGUGAAGCAUAUGCCUUACUCCAUAUAUGAGGAUGACGUUGAAAAGCUACUGCGAGUUGCUAUCUCGGUUGCCCAGACUGUUGGUCUCGGCACCGACACGCUGGCCUCGCUUGAUGUGCUCAAAACGACGCUGACAGAGGCGCCUGAAAAGUCGCAGGACCACAUUCGAAGCAUAAUUGGAAUCUGCACGAGCACCUUUGCUGUCGACCAGGACGCGAAACCGAAGCCAGAUUGGGUGCCCGAGGAUAUUGCUGCAGCAUCGCGUGAUCCAGAGACGCUGGCGCGCUGUAGCAAGGCCGGGCUCCAGAUUCUCGGCGGCCUGCCGCGGCUCGUCGAGUCACGCUACCUGUUGUCAUAUGUGCCUCAGGUAGAGAGAUAUCUUGCCGCAGCUUGUGGCCAUGGGGUCCGCGACGUGCGUGCGUCUGCUCGUACGGCACGUGUGGCAUGGGCAGAAGUGAAGUAA